ACAUUAGUCCUUCUCAGCAAACUCGAGGGAAGGCACAGGGUGUAAUCAUACCCAACGUGCCCUGGAACAUCACCCACAGAUAUCGUUAACGAAUUCGUAAUGGCAUUGUUUCACGCUGGUUCCAUAUACUGAAACGAAGACUGCUCACCGGGUGUUCUUCCCUCGUCCGAGCUGCACAUUAGAGGCGUCUGCACGUGAAUGCUGAGAGAAGAACGACGCUCUGUCUUAUUUGUAAUAGAUCAGUCACGUGGUAAAAAACAGCAACAUGCCUCCCCGCAAGAAACCUGCCAACCAGCCGCAAAGCCAAAAAAUGAAGCCGAGGUAGACUCGGACAAGACUGAAGCUGUAGAGAAACUUGCCCUGGAUGAGGACUUAGAGACGAGGAAGAUGAUGAUUAUGACCCUGAGGCAAAAGGCAGUGACGAGCAAUCGGAUAAUGGAAACGAGGAAGAGGAUGAAGAGGAGGAAGCAGAUAUGGAAGAUGAGGAAGAUGAAGAUGAAGAGAUAGAUGAAAGUGAGGUAAAAGAUGUAUUAAAUGACAAAGAUGGUGUUGAGGAUGGGGAUGAAGACGAUGAUGCAGAUGAGAAUGAAGAUGAAGAGAGGAGGGGGGGGAG